UUUGACAUAUCUUAGAAAAUGAUUCUUAUAUUACUCUGUUAACUAAUCUAAUGAAUGUGUUUGAUAAACAACAGGAAGAAUAUGUUGUUUUAAACUACAUCUUGUACAUUAAAAAGCUCUGUAUUUAGGUUCAAACUAAUAGUAUGAAGAAUUGAUGUUUGGGGAAUGUUACUUAUUUUUUAGACACACUUUUAUAAAGAAAUUUGAAACAUUGGAACAUGGGAGAUAAUAGCCAUUUAGAAGUUUAAAAUUGCCCAAGUUAUGAUUACAUCUUUUCUGUUAUUUAGCUGAUAAUAAAAUUUUAGAUAAAGAGCAGAAUAUAAUAAUAUCCAUAAUAUAGUCAUUAAGUAUGGAUAGUAAUGUGAUUUUGAAAAAUGAGUUCUUUUGUUCAGCCUUUAGGCUGGUGGUUUACAGUAUUUGAAUUUUCUAAAAUGCUUAAAAUGAUUUCCUGGCCUUACCAUGUUUAUAUCAAUGAGUGAGUGAGUGUGUGUGUGUGUGUGUGUGUGUGAUGAACAAUCACUCUGAAGCAACAAAAAAGUUUGUUGUGUGAAUUAUGUUCUUGACUCCUCAAGAUUUUAUGAAAAUUUACUUGAGUUUUUCUAAUGGUAAUUUUUAGGGACUUAUAAUGAUUUUACUUUAGAAACUAUGACAAAUUAAUGGAUAUAGUUAAUAAUAGGUUUUAAUUAAGUAUGUAUGUGUUUCUAUAUACUGGUUUUAGAAUUGUGAACAAGGCAAUGUUUGCCAGAUAGGAACAAGGAGACAGUAAAUGGUGGCAAUAAGGAGCAUAGGUUUUGAAUUUGGACAGACCUGGCUUUGAAUUCUAGCUCUCUCAUUUUCUAGCUAUAUUACUUUGAGCAGGUUAUGUGAACUUUUCUUAUUAUAGUUUAUUUGCUUGUAAAAUGGAGUUAAUAAUCAUACAAGCUUUUGUAAGAUACAAAAUAAAAACACAUGUAUAAAGUACUUGGCACAUGGUAAGUACUCUAAAAGUGAUAGCCUUUACCAUUUACCCAUUUUCUCAUAUUGUGGCUAUAUAAUACAUAUAUAAUUUACAGAUAAUGUUUUGUACUUUAGUCUUUAGUCCAUUGUUACAGUGCCUUCAGCAAGUUGAAGCCUACAUGUUUUGGAAUCCUUCAUUUUAUAAUAAAAUUCAAAGGUUCAUUACUUCCAAAUAGACUAACAUAAAUCUGUCUGGGAAAAUUUGUAGAAAGAUUAUUAUUCAUAGGUUUUGAAAUUUGGAGGCAUCUUAUAUAUUCUAAAUACUUGAAGAUGUUACAGAGGUUGAACAAAGCAUUUUCUGCUGUUCCUCUGACUACACAAGGUCUAACUAGUAAAGAGAGAUUUGAUAUAGAUUGACAGAUUAGGAUAUAUGAAAAUAGGUAUUGGUUUAAUACAGUAAUUUGGUUCCAGGCAUGGUAGUCCCUGCUGUGCAUUAAAGCCAUCAGUUUUCUCACAAAAAUAAAUUGAAGUAGGAGGACCCUUGUUUCUAGUAUCACUACAAGUUAGUAUAACACCUCAAAAGCAUAUAGAGUGGAAAGAAGCAAGUCAUAAAGAUAACUUGUACUGAUUUGGGUUCACCUUUUGGUUGUGCCAUGUAACUAAGACUUUGGUCUUAAGUCAUUUAACAUCCCUGAGUCUUAGUUUCUUCAUUUGUGAAAAGACAUUAACGAAAAUAUCUCGAAGGGCUGUUAGGAUUAAAUGAGAGAUUUAUAAAUUAGAUAGCACAUUUCAUGGAACACAAUAGAUGACCCACAAGUGUUGAUUUUAUUCCAAAUUCCAUUUCUAAAUAGUCUGACAGAGAAAGUACUGGAAAGAUGACGAUGUGUUCUAAAGUGAACUUGUAGGCUCAUGGAACAUUCAUAAUGAUGGCAUGUUAAGCUGUCACUACCUUCUUCUCAAGUAGGCCCUUGUAGUCUAGAUAUUUUACUAGCAUUGAGGUGGUCUCAGUUUGAAAUUCACAUAUUCUAGGGACAGCACCUAAGUGGGUAAUGCUUUCUAAGAGAAGGCUCUAGUGAUUUGAAGUAAUUAAUAUUGGGAUAGUUGCUUGUAGCAUGGCUGUCAUAUCAGGAUAGUGCUGCUACACUGACAGAGUCAUCUGACAGUUUGAGAGUGUAAAGUUUUUGUAAUAGUAAAAGACUUGGAUAUUCAGCAAAGAAUGCAACAUACUUCCAGAGGGAAGUAAGGAUUCUUGGGUCCUUACAGGGGCUUGUAAAUGCUGAUAACACCCUUCAUCCAGGAACUUUGGAUACAUGCCUACCAGCUUUUACCAGGAGCAAGUAAUUGGAGCAGCCAUUCCACCCUAUGGUGAAUCUGGAUUGUUCUCGGGAUUUCCGGCCAUUUCUUUGUGCACUCUAUGCUCCUAUUUGUAUGGAAUAUGGACGUGUCACACUUCCCUGUCGUAGGCUGUGUCAGCGGGCUUACAGCGAGUGUUCAAAGCUUAUGGAGAUGUUUGGUGUUCCUUGGCCUGAAGAUAUGGAAUGCAGUAGGUUCCCAGAUUGUGAUGAACCAUACCCUCGACUUGUGGAUCUGAAUUUAGCUGGAGAUCCUACUGAAGGAGCCCCAGUGGCAGUGCAGAGGGACUAUGGUUUUUGGUGUCCCCGGGAGUUGAAAAUUGAUCCUGAUCUUGGUUAUUCUUUUUUGCACGUGCGUGAUUGUUCACCUCCCUGUCCAAAUAUGUACUUCAGGAGAGAAGAACUUUCAUUUGCUCGAUAUUUCAUAGGAUUGAUUUCAAUCAUUUGCCUCUCUGCCACGUUGUUUACCUUUUUAACUUUUUUGAUUGAUGUCACAAGAUUCCGUUAUCCUGAAAGACCUAUUAUAUUUUAUGCAGUCUGCUACAUGAUGGUAUCAUUAAUUUUCUUCAUUGGGUUUUUGCUUGAGGACCGAGUAGCCUGCAAUGCAUCUAGCCCUGCACAGUAUAAGGCUUCCACAGUGACACAAGGAUCUCAUAAUAAAGCCUGUACCAUGCUUUUUAUGGUACUUUAUUUUUUUACUAUGGCUGGCAGCGUUUGGUGGGUAAUUCUUACCAUCACAUGGUUCUUGGCAGCUGUGCCAAAGUGGGGUAGUGAAGCUAUUGAGAAGAAAGCAUUGCUAUUUCACGCCAGUGCAUGGGGCAUCCCUGGAACUCUGACUAUCAUCCUUUUAGCGAUGAAUAAAAUUGAAGGUGACAAUAUCAGUGGCGUGUGUUUUGUUGGCCUCUACGAUGUUGAUGCAUUGAGAUAUUUUGUUCUUGCACCCCUCUGCCUAUAUGUGGUAGUUGGGGUUUCACUGCUUUUAGCUGGCAUUAUAUCCCUAAACAGAGUUCGAAUUGAGAUUCCAUUAGAAAAGGAGAACCAAGAUAAAUUGGUGAAGUUUAUGAUCCGGAUUGGUGUUUUCAGCAUUCUUUAUCUCGUACCACUCUUGGUUGUAAUUGGAUGCUACUUUUAUGAGCAAGCUUACCGUGGCAUCUGGGAAACAACUUGGAUACAAGAACGCUGCAGAGAAUAUCACAUUCCAUGUCCAUAUCAGGUCACUCAGAUGAGUCGUCCAGACCUGAUUCUCUUUCUGAUGAAAUACCUGAUGGCUCUCAUAGUUGGUAUUCCCUCCAUUUUUUGGGUUGGAAGCAAAAAGACAUGCUUUGAAUGGGCCAGUUUUUUUCAUGGUCGUAGGAAAAAAGAGAUAGUGAAUGAGAGCAGACAGGUACUCCAAGAACCUGAUUUUGCUCAGUCCCUCCUGAGGGAUCCAAAUACUCCUAUUAUAAGAAAAUCAAGAGGAACGUCCACUCAAGGAACAUCCACACAUGCUUCUUCCACUCAGCUGGCUAUGGUGGAUGAUCAGAGAAGCAAAGCAGGGAGUGUCCACAGCAAAGUGAGCAGCUACCACGGCAGCCUCCACAGAUCCCGUGAUGGCAGGUACACUCCCUGCAGUUACAGAGGAAUGGAAGAGAGACUACCUCAUGGCAGCAUGUCACGACUAACGGACCACUCCAGGCACAGUAGUUCUCAUCGGCUCAAUGAACAGUCACGACAUAGCAGCAUCCGAGAUCUCAGUAAUAAUCCUAUGACUCACAUCACACAUGGCACCAGCAUGAACCGAGUUAUUGAAGAAGAUGGAACCAGUGCUUAAAUUGUCCCGUCUAAGGUGGACCAUUCAUGCCAUUUAAAAAGCAGAUUUUAUUCUUUGCCUUUGCAUGACUGACUGCUGUAACUCACUGUUAUCACGCGUUCAGUCAGGUGCAGAUUGUGUCCAUUGGAAACGUAAAUUUUUGCUUUUUAUAUUGCAUCAAACUUGGAACGUCAAGGCGUCCAAAAUGCUAAGAAUUAUUUGUCUGGUAAGCAUUUUUAUAAAUUCACUAUUUUAUAUUUAGAAAAAUCCUAAAUGUGUGGUGACUGCUUUGUAGUGAACUUUCAUAUAAUAUCAACUAGCUGUGAGAUAACAUUCUGAUUGUUCUGUUAAUAAAACAAAAUUUCAGAAUUAAAGAAUUUUCUAUGCAAGGUUUAUUUCCCAGAUGAAUGGUAGGACUUUGUAGUUUUAUUUUCAGUAAGUGAAAAAGAACUGUGGUUUUAAACUGUAGGAGAAUUUGAUAAACCAGCAAGGGUAUUUUAGCUAAUAGAAUAUAAGAUCAACAGAAGAAUCGGAUUAGUCUAUUGAAGGCUCUUUCAAAAUUCUAUCAAAAUAAAUUUUAUCCAGAGAGAUACAGGAUUAGGAGUAUCAAUGGGCAUUUUUUUCCUGUAAUUGAGCUGUUUUUUAUUAUUUUUGUAAAUAUUACUUUUACUUACAGUGUUUUUAUAACUUACCCAUAUGCAUGAUAGAAAAAUAAUUUGUAGCCAUCUUUCCCCAUGUAGUAGUAUUAAUUCAGAGAGAACUUUAUGUUCAGAUCUGUUCCAUGGAGGCAUGUAAUAAGAUAAACAUCACAUACUAUAAGGAUUUUUGUGGUAACCACAAUUACAAAAUGGCAAAAUGUUUUCUCUGUAUUUAUUGUUGUAUUUUCCUACAGUGAGAUGUGAUCUUGCCAAAGCCACCAGAUCUUGGCAUCCAGGCCCCUCCUUAUCAGUGAGUUGUCUGUACUUGCAUUGCCCAGUAGCAAAUAGGCUACAGCUUUUGCCCCCCCCCCUUAUAUCUGUAUUCAGAUUCUGGAUCAGUCUGGUUUACAGCUGAAAUAUAUAUAACCUAAGUCCAAAGUGGUGAUUUAUUUGGGGUAUCUGAAAAAUCACUGUAGCUAAAUGAGGCAUGAUUAGUCUUGCUGUGAAAUAUCUUGUACUCUUAAAAAUAUCAAUUCAAAAAUGUUUGA